AUGCCCUCCUUCUUCUUCAUCUUCCUCCUGCUCUUCUUAUCUUCUCAGCCCAUUGCUACCUCAAGGCCAAACCAUAGGGUCCUCCACCAGCCAUUUCUGCCUCAAGACUCUUCCUCACCUCCCACUCAGCCCCCAUCACCUUCCCCACCUUCCCUCCCUUCAAACCCAACUCCCCCAAAGUACCCAUUUUCCGGUUCCAACUCUACCCCUGCCGAUUCCCCCUUUUUCCCAUCCUACCCCUCCCCGCCGCCUCCUCCUCCCUCCCCAACCACCGCCUUCGCCUCCUUCCCCGCCAACAUCUCCUCCCUCAUCGUCCCCAAAACCCCCUCUGGAAACUCCAGCGCCCACAAGCUCCUCGCCCUCACCAUCGCCGCCGUGCUCUCCGCCGUCGUCGUCAUCUCCCUCGCCGCCUUCUUCCUCUACCGCCGCAGACGACACAAUAGCCGCAACUUCCCCGAUGACGACGAGGAUGACAAGUCGUUUAUUAGAUCCGAACAAAGCAACAGGCUGUUUCAGCAGCCCAAUCACAGCCACUCCUUCAGUGGGACCCACAAACUCCGGACCGCCUCCUCCACCAGCUCCGAGUUCCUCUACCUGGGCACAUUGGUCAGCUCACGCGGACUCGAGGACCCAGUCGACUCGUGCGGCAGUAAUGGCCUCGUCGCCGAGUUAGAAACUCGGAAAGUCGAGUCGCCGGACCUCCAGCCGCUUCCGCCACUGGCUCGGCAGACCUCGAUGCUGAUCAAUUGCGAGAAUGCCGAACCGGGUUCGACCCGAGACCGAGACGAAGACGAGGACGAAGAAGAAGAAGAGUUCUACUCGCCCAGAGGGUCUUCGGGCGAUCGAGAGAGCUUCAAUGGAACUGGAUCGGGGUCCAGGAGAGUGUUCGCGGCGGUGGCGGGUGGUGUUUUCGACAGGAGAAGCAGUGAAACAACGUCUUGCUCUUGCUCGUCUUCGGAUUCGGGUUCGCCGUCUCGGUCACAGUCUAUCAGCCUCUCUCCGCCAGUGAGUUUGAGCCCCAACAGAAGAUCAGAAGAGCCCAAGCCUCCUGAGCCCGCAGCUACGUACCAUGCGACGCGGUUUGGUAACGAGAAUGUACGGUCUCCUUCAUUGACUCCAAUGUCUUCGCCAGAGAAAGCUGCGGACGAAUACCCAUCUACAUCGGACCGAAAGAGACGGUCUCCCUCAUUGUCGUCGCUAUCUUUUUCACCGGAGAGAAGCUUGGAGAAGAACCCAGAUGCAUCAGCUAAAGUGUCGGUCGUUUCGGGCCAAAGUUCUCUGAUUUCGUCACCGGAGAGAGGUUUCGGAAAGACCCCAGAUGCAUCAGCUAAAGUUUCGGUCGUUUCGGGCCGAAGUUCUCUGAUUUCGUCACCGGAGAGAGGUUUCGGAAAGAACCCAGACGCAUUACCGAAAAUUUCGGUCGUUUCGAGCCAAAGUUCUCUGAUUUCGUCACCAGAGAGAGGUUUGGGAAAGAACCCAGAUUCAUCAUCACCGAGAACUUCGGUCGUUUCGGGCCAAAGCUCGCCCAGUUCAUCACCGGAGAGAGGUUUUGGUAAGAACCCAGAUUCAUCAUCGCCGAUAAUUUCGGUCGUUUCGGACCAAAGCUCGCCCAUUUCGUCACCAGAGAGAAGUUUCGGAAAGAACCCAGAAGCGUCACCGAAAGUUUCGGCCUUUUCAGAUCGUAAUGAGCAGUCUUCUUCGUCAUCUUCAUCUUAUUCAUCGUCACCAGAGAGACGAUCAAAUGCUUCUGAUCCAGAGGCCAAGUCUUUUUCACCAGAGAAAAGCCCAGCUGCAUCACCAAGAAUUUCAAGCGCUUCCGAAUAUAUUAAUUUGGAUCCAAAAGUGCAGUCUCUCUCAUCAUCAGCUUCAUCUUCAUUGUCUAACUCACCAGAGAGAGAGUUUGGGAACAAUUCAGAUGCUUCAUCAAAACUUUCAAAUGUUUCUCACCACAUUACAGAGUCUCCGAUGAGACUUAGCGGUGGUUUAAAACAUCUUAUUUCAGUGCCGCCGCCUCCGCCACCGAUGCCUCCUUCACUAAGACUCUGGGAAACUCCAAGUCCUAAAACACCGGUUGGCCAAGUGAUGUGUAAGCCUCCAGCUCUCAUACCUCCUUCAAGACCUUUUGUACUUCAGAACCCAGCAAAGGUCUCUGUUUCACCAGUAGAGUUGCCUCCAAGUUCGAAUCCCUUGGAGCCUAUUGAGGAGAAUCCAAAACCCAAGUUAAAGCCAUUGCAUUGGGAUAAAGUUCGAGCAAGCUCCGAUCGCGAAAUGGUGUGGGAUCAGCUUAGAUCAAGCUCUUUCAAGUUGAAUGAAGAAAUGAUAGAGACAUUGUUUGUUGUAAAAACACCAAACCCGAAUCCAAAGGAAACGACCCCACGCACAGUUCUUCCCUCUCCAAACCAAGAGAACAGAGUACUUGAUCCGAAAAAGUCACAAAAUAUUGCAAUCUCACUAAGGGCACUCAAUGUGACCAUAGAUGAAGUUUGUGAAGCGUUAUUAGAAGGUAAUUCUGAUGCUCUUGGAACUGAAUUACUUGAAAGUCUAUUGAAGAUGGCUCCAACCAAAGAAGAAGAGCGUAAGUUGAAGGAGUACAAAGAUGAUUCACCAGUUAAGCUUGGUACUGCUGAGAAAUUUCUGAAAGAGUUGCUUGAUGUUCCAUUUGCAUUUAAAAGGGUGGAGGCAAUGCUCUACAUGACUAAUUUUGAGUCUGAGAUUGAUUACCUUAAAAAGUCUUUUGAAACUCUAGAGGCUGCCUGUGAAGAAUUGAGGAACAGUAGGAUGUUCUUGAAGCUUCUAGAAGCUGUGCUGAAGACUGGAAACAGGAUGAAUGUUGGGACAAACCGUGGUGAUGCCCAUGCCUUCAAACUUGACACACUCCUCAAGCUGGUCGAUGUCAAGGGGGCUGAUGGGAAAACCACACUCUUGCAUUUUGUUGUACAAGAAAUCAUAAGAACUGAAGGUGCUCGUCUCACUGGUGGGAAUCAAACUUCAAACCCAACUGUGAAUGAUGAUGCCAAGUGUAGGAGGCUUGGCCUGCAAGUUGUUUCAGGUCUCAGUUCAGAGCUCACUAAUGUGAAGAAAGCUGCUGCCAUGGAUUCUGAUGUGCUUAGCACUGAUGUUUCAAAGCUUUCUAAAGGAAUUAGCGACAUUCAGGAGGUUGUGCAAUUAAAUGAGAGAGCGGUAUCAGAUGAAAGCAGGCGGAAAUUUUCAGAGUCAAUGAACAUGUUCAUGAAAAUGGCCGAAGAGGAGAUUAUAAGACUUCAAGCUCAAGAAAGUGUUGCCUUGUCCCUAGUGAAGGAGAUUACAGAGUACUUCCAUGGUAACUCCGCCAGGGAAGAAGCUCACCCGUUCAGAAUCUUCAUGGUGGUCAGAGACUUUCUUACAAUUCUUGACCGGGUAUGUAAAGAAGUUGGUAUGAUAAAUGAGCGAACGAUAGUUAGUACUGCCCACAAAUUUCCAGUUCCAGUAAAUCCAAUGCUACCACAAGUAAUUCCAGUAAAUCCAAUGCUGCCCCAAGCACUUCCUGGAAUGCAUGGAAGGCAGCCGUACAGUUGGACUGACGAUGAGAGCACAUCUCCAUAG